AAUCGCACCAUUAGGAAUGGACCUUUAUCGGAUAUAUUGAUCUAUAGUGAUACUAACUGGCUUGGUUAGUUUUAUCUAGUGAUUACUGUGGAUAACUAGUGGUGGAUCUCCAGUCCUUGUGUGCUUUACACCAUUUCGAACCAGGAAUAUAUUUCUAAUGUUGGCCAUGCUGGUGGUGGCUGCUCUAACAAGGAUAAGCUGUGUUCAUGCGAUGCCUUACAAUCAAUUUGGUACACACAUACUAAAAGUAUUCAGCGAAGAUGACAUGACGCCAGACUUCAGAGAACUCCUGGUCAGCCAGGACACCCAGGACCCUGACGUCAAGGUGCAGACACAAGCUACAGAUGAGAAGACAAACAUAACAGAAGAAACCACAAUGCUUGAUGACACCACUAGUAAUACUACAGAAAAACUAGUACUAGCAAACGUAUCCGUAGCAGUACACCAAGUUUCAGAGGAAGUGCUGCCCCAGGACAAGAAGAUCCCCAACCCUAAUGAGGAGGUGGACGUGGUGGACCGCGAGGACCACGUCACUCAGUACCUGUCCGACCUGCUGGUCAACACAGACAGUGAAAUUACUAGCCUUCAGGCCACCGAAACUGAAGAUGACCGCGAAGGUAUAGAUUUCACUUCCGUGCUUCGCUCCCAAGUGUCAUAGCGUGAUGAUAGGUCUGCGGAAACUAUGUGAGGCGGAAGGCGCCUGGUGAUGAAGAAAAUAAAGUAUACUUAAUACAUACAUACAAUAUUAAGCCACAGGCAUUUACAGGAUUGGGAUAUUAAAAUUAAAAUUUACCAUUAAAUACUCGCGGGAAUUGGGAUAAUAAAAUUUUAUUCUAUAUCUA